AUGCGAACUUCUACUUUCAGUCUCAUUCUCUUUACCAUAGUAUCUAUAGCCAUCGGAGCUAUAGUUGCCGCCACUGCCUUUGGGGGUGAAAGUGUUGAGCACCAAGCCGCUUCUUCGCUGGGUAUCGCAACCACCACCAGCAAGAUGAUCUACACUGCAGCUGCUACUACUUCCGUUCUCCAGAUGAAUCCUCUCCGGACUAUCAACACUAUCAAGCCCGAGACAAUUGUGAUCAAAGUCAGGACCAACCAACUAACAAUGACCACUGCUACAAGUGCUUUUCCUAUCGUCGAGUGCAGCCACAAGCAGUCUCUCUCCAUGUGCGCUCCAGUUGGCGUCACCGGCCAGGUUUCAGUCAAGGGUCCUGUCUCAGGCGACGACAUCACUUCUCUGGUCAGACGCGCCCAGUUUGGAGAUCAUGAGGUCUUCAAGACUGUGGAUCACGAGGGUCUUAUUACCACUACUUCUACCUCCGCCUCCACCGCCACAACCAUCGAUUGCAAGUACAAGUACUGCAACAACAACACACAGUACUGCAUGUACUGGGCUGGAGUCACUGGUUGGGACCCAUCCCUCGGCCCGAUCCCUGGCAUGACGGGUACCUCUCUUGGUGCUUGCCAGACCAAGGAUGUCACCACAAGUGGUGGAUUCCCGACAAUGACGGCAACGACGAAGAAUUGCACGCGCAGAGCUAUCACUAAAACCUUCUAA